GCAGUUAUUUGUUUUGCUCGAAAAAUUUUAAUUAACCGUGUAAAUGAAUAGAAAUACAAUACCAUUUUAAUUUAUAAAAUGUUGGAUCCCAGUAGAUCUUCGGGUAACGAUGUGUCUGGAAGGGAUAUUCCGUCCUUUAUCGAACCGCGACCUCCGUUGAUACUCAACCCGUUCAUGAGACCGAGGCCGAAUAAAGGAACAAACUUAUUGGAACUGUUCGAAGAAGACUCAGAAUGUGAAGAGCCAGAGCUAGUGCAAGUGUACUUACGACUAAAACCGUGCAAUACUAAGUCUAAUCUAUACGAAGUGCGGUCUGAAAGGUGUCUCAUAACUUCAUUGGAUACGACGACGGCUGGUCAUGGAAGAAGAACGCAGCACAAUGUGUCCAAAAUGUACACAUUCUCACACAUAUUCAAACCAGAUUGCCCGCAGAAAGAAAUAUUUGAAUAUGUUGUGAAAGACAAUCUCAAGAAACUACCAGAAGGUCACAGCUUUACGCUCCUAACCUAUGGAGCCUCGGGUUCAGGCAAGACUUACACGCUGAUGGGCACAGUGGCUUCACCGGGUCUGGUACCCAGGUCGCUGGAGUUUGUGUUCAACAUUGUGGAAGCAGCACAAAGACCAAAAUACAAACCAUCGGAAACUGGUGCUGAUGUGCUGAGUAAAGCUGAACAAGAUUAUGAGCUACAGUGGGUCAAAGGAUUGCGUCAAGUUUCGGCGCCCCUCAGAGACAAAUACAGGCGUAUGAGUGCUAGUUUACAUACCACUAUGUCAAGUAGUCAUAUAGACCUCACCAAUAGAUCCACACACUAUGUUUGGGUUUCUUUCAUUGAGAUCUACAAUGAAGGCAUCUAUGAUCUGCUAGUUCCAUGUGACAGAAGAGCAGGCUCCAAAUUGGCGAUCCGUGAGGACUCCAGUGGCAAUGUUUAUGUCAAGGGUGCAACACAAGCAUUUGUGAAGUCUGGAGAGGAGGCUUAUGAUGUGAUGGUGGCCGGCAAACACAAUCUACAGGUAGCUGCGACCGGAGUCCACGCACAGUCAUCCAGAUCACACUGUAUAUUCACUAUCACCAUGCUGACGGAAAUAGACGGUGCCGUCCGCAGCGCGUGCGUUCGUCUCUGCGAUCUUGCGGGUUGCGAGCGCGCCGCACGUACACGCAACACCGGGGCUCGCAUGCAGGAGUCCCGAGCUAUUAACUCCUCGCUACACGUGCUAGAGCGGUGUUUACACACGCUGCGACGACGACAGGCGGGCAGACGAGCCUUGGUGCCGUACAGGGAAUCCAAGCUAACUCGUCUCCUGGGCGCGGGGCUCUCAGGCGCAAAGGGUGAGGCGGUCAGCAUGGUAGUGACUCUCAACCCGGCUCCGGAGUACGCACAUGAAACCCGCCAUGUGCUUCAGCUGGCGGCCGUGGCUAAGGACAUACAGGUGAACAACACAAUUUCGGAGUAUCCCAGCAGCCUGGAGACCACACAGGACAGCACGCUGUGCCCCAGCGCUGAGGUUAUGAAGCUGAGAGCUGAUAAUGAGAGGCUGCGGUUUGAGUUGGCCAGAACGGAAGCGUGGUACAAGGAAGAGCUGGCGCGUGUGGAGUCGCAGCCGUCAGCCGGCGUCGACACGUGGGCGCUGGUGGAGGAGGCCAAACAGAUCACCAGGCAGUACUACGAGGACCGCAUACUGAAUUUGAAGAGACAGAACGAAGAAUUGGCGGAGGAGCAAGAAGCAAAAGAAUCUGAGCUUCUUAUGAAAAUCACUGUUUUGGAGGAAAUGCUGUCUGCUGAGAAGUUAGCCAGAGCGAGAGCCGAAGAAGAAGUAGUUCAUUUACGAGCCUGUAUAGAAGAGAGAGAUGAGAAACAUAGCGAAAAUGAAGACGAGGAAGAUGUUCUGUCUCUUGAUGAUGAUGAUGGUAAUAGUGACAGCGAAACAGAUCCGCUCAACGAAUCUUUAGAGCCUACAUUCAAAAAAGAAGAACUCAAUAGAUCUAAACUUAUGAGACAGAGCAUACCUCCACAGAACAAAAGUGUUGACAGCGGCAAAUCAUUAGAUAAUUCCAAUGAAGGUAACGAAAGUAUUCUUGAGAAAACAUCUGAUACUUUAAAAGAUGAGGAGAUCUGCAAUGACAGUGCGGUUGAUAGUACUUACGCAACUGGCACUGAAACUAGCGACAGUACUAGUAACGUUGAUAGACAUGGAGAAACAUAUUUCGAAAGAACACAAAACGUUAUAAAUAUGAUAGAUAUAGCAUUAAAUGAAGGAAAGUGUCAUAAAACACAAAAUACAAAAAAUACAAUAGCUAUGCUGUUAGAAGAAGACAAAGAAAGACAGAAUAAAACUAACGAAAUAAUUAGGAAUAAAACGUCGUCGCUUAGCAGAUCAACGUACUGUGUCAUAAAAGAUAAUAGCCUAUAUGAAAGUAGUGCCGAAGUUAACACUGAUGAAAUUAGUAAAUUAAACAAAGAUAAUUCUACUAACGUCCAAAAUGUUACAGCAGAUAUAAAAAAUGAUGAUAACUUUAAAGUCCCUGAAACACAGAACAAUACUAAGGAAAUAAUUAGGAAUAAAACGUCGUCGCUUAGCAGAUCAACCUACUGUGUCAUUAAAGAUAAUAGCCUAUAUGAAAGUAGUGCUGAAGUUAACGCUGAUGAAAUUAGUAAAUUAAACAAAGAUAAUUCUACUAACGUCCAAAAUGUUACAGCAGAUAUAAAAAAUGAUGAUAAUUUUAAAGUGCAUGAUAAACCGUUUGUCUAUUCAAUACUCAAUUCGCUUAAGAAACCGAUAGAAAGUAACAAUUCACUGGCUCAAUUUGAAUCCUUAGAAAAGGCAGCAAAAGACUGUGAUAAUGCAAAACAAGAUUUGAAUGUUAAUUUCGAUAACAUAAAACUUCUAAAAGAAAGAAAACAUUUCUUCUAUGAUGGUGAAGAUAAAAACAAUAACCCACCAUCAUCGAAGUCUGAAGAUAGUCUAGAAGGCAAGAAAUCAUUUUUUGGCGAAAAUGAAGAUAGAGUAAAAUCUAUUAUUACAGAAAUAGGAGAUGACUACCGCUCACCAUCUAUUGUAAGGGACGAAUGCACUAAAGAUUUCGAGCCGCAAAAAAUAAAGCAAUUACUAGGCGAAAAUAUUAUAAACCCAAUAGAGCCUCCUACGUCACUUAAAAAGAGCUAUUUUUCGAACAAGAAACACGAAUCACUCGACGUAUUCGAUUCUCCAAAAGUGCAUUUGGAGGAAGAAUUACCCAGUAUAGACGAUAUCCGUAAAUCAAUAGCUAAAGUCAAUAUAGCAAACAAGAACAACAAUCACAAAAACCAUAUUGAAUCAGAAAAAGGUCGAAAAGGCAGUAACAAAGAUGUUGAUAUAAAAUCUACAAAAUCGAUUGAUCACAGUAAAGAAUCGCCAAGUAAAAUUUAUGGCAAAGAAAAAAGUAUGCCAGAAAAAACUAUGUGUAAAAUUAAAGUCUCUAAGACUUACGAAAUUGAAUUUAAUAAAGCUAUAGAUGAAUUAAAUAGUAACAAUAAAGAAUGUAAGAACAAAGUAGAUAAUGAUAUAAAUAUAAAUAACAAAAAUGAACUGAGCAAAGAUUCAGAGAUGAGCGACUUGGAAGUAGCAAAGACAGAAGAGUUAACAGAAACUUUAAAUGAGAACAAAGUCUUUAAAUUUUCUGGUGCUAAAAGUGAUAAUGAUAAACAUAAGAAACUCAAGAAAGUCAAUAAGGUUACGACCAUACAGCAAGUUGGUAAUUCGGCUAAUGAAUUAGAGAAAACUACUGACAUAAAAAGCUUAGAAACGAGUGGUAUAAAAGUCGAUAAUACUCUAGAAGAGUUUGAGAAUAUUUAUAAAGAAAUAACUAUUCCUCGCGCAACAGAAUUUGACACGCUGGUCAGCCAAAACGAAACGCAAAUCAAUGAAGCUAAUGAUGAACAUGAAAGUGAACAUGAAAAUACAAAAUAUAAUCUGCGUAACAAAUCCAAAACAGAAAGAAAACCUAGGGGGACCAGAGCUAAAUUUUUAGAUGAAGAGGUAUUGAUGGAAAGCGUGUCUAAAUGUCAAAGCUCUGCUAAACCAGUGAGACGUAAUUUACGUCUGCGAAGAAAGAGAACUGACGACGGUUCAACGGAGCUCGAUAAAGGGGAAAAAUUGAAAGAUAUUGUGAACUUGCAAAGUGAAUUUUCUGAUAUUACAAUGGACAUGCCCGCCCCAGCGAAGGUCGUGAAAGACAUACCGUCGCCUGAAAAACAAGAAGAGGAAAAUGUGCCUCCGGCAUUAGGGAUACAGAGCUGUCCGUCCAAACUAUCAACUCGAGGUAGACGCAAGCUGUUCACCCCGCGAGCCGAGCCGUUAGACGAGAGUGUUGCCAGCGGGGAGUGUGAUGAGAGGGUACGUGUCCCUCGCCCCUCAUACCACCGCCCCCGCGCUCGUAGGAAGCUGUAAAAAUCUACAUCGACCUGCCUGUUAUCCGAUAGCAACACAAGAGCUUAUUUAGCGGCAUAAAGCAUCGGUCAAACCUGCGCGACCAAAGCGACUACGAAGCGGGAGCGUCUACCGCGCGGCGGACUCUACCUUUAUAAUCUUAUGGCGCUUUGCACACCUGCGCGACGGCAAUGCGAGACGUUUUA